UCUCGAAAGCGACAGGGGAAGUGCUCAGACAGCUGCACUACAGUCACAUUUAACUUAAUUUUACUACAUGCAGCUAAUGAGGUCUUGUCUGCGGAUAAUAUAGUUCGAGUGAUGGCGGCGGGGACAGGAGCAGAUAUCGUGUCUGAGUUCCUCGGUCAGAAUCCACACCUCGUGAACUGGGUGGAAUCUUUAAGAGGAUAUUGUGAGACAAAUAAACAAUGGCAUGCGAGGAGAGAGUUUGUCCUGCGCAAUAUGGAGGCUUUUCCUACAAUCAAACCUGGGACCCCAAGUCCUACUUUAGACAGACUACUGUCUCUGUCUAUGGUUUGGGCCAACCACGUGUUUUUGGGCUGUCGAUAUCCACAGCCUGUAAUGGACAAAAUAAAUGAGAUGGCGGAAGGAAUCACUGUGAUUGAGGCCCCUGAGCGACGGACUAGAGAUGAAAUCAUGGGAAAAAAUAAAAGACCUGCAGUUUCAGAAUUGGAUGCUGAUUACCAGGGUAAGAAGGCUAAACCUAAUGAUCCAGACGUUAAAGCUCAUGCGAAGAGUACUCUGAAAUCAGGCCCUCCACCGGGGGCGCCCGCAGAACACCAGCCCUUUUUUAAUCGACUCUACAAGGCGGUUGCUUGGAAGCUCGUGUCUGCUGGUGGCUUUGGUCCCAACCUGGAACACUACGAAAUCUUGCGCAGUUGUGUGGAGUCAUGCAAGGCCAGUCUUAGCUGUGUGUUUGUACCUCUCAAAGACAUUCCUGACCUGCCAAUGGGACGUACCCAAAAAGAAGGCCAGGUGUGUGAACUGCGCUGCUGCACCGUCUACAUGGGUACGGGCUACGGGCGCGAUGAGUGUGCCGCCAAGGCAAUGGCCUCCAAGGAAGCACUCAAAGUUUUUCAAGGGCAAAAAGUGACAGUGAAAAUUUGCCGCCGCAGGUUCCGAGGACGGGACGUUGACGAUGUGGUUCUGCUGGAUGAACAGUCCAGGAGCCAGGUCUUCCCUCCAGCUCUCAGCUAUCCCUUUCAGGAAGGCCAGUAGAGCUCUAUUCUGCUCAGUGAUUUAGUCGGGGCAGCCGUGGAGACGUCCCAAAGAUUUUCAGUUAUGACCAUUCUGAAUGGCACUAAGGAGAAGGACUGAGUUAUUUAGUUGUGUGAAAAAGGGAUCUUAAAAAACAAGUGCUGGUCAGUUUUGUGGCUUGUAAAAGGGUUGCUCUGUUGCUUUAGAGUCUUGUUUAUGGUUGUGAAGUUAAUGGUUUAGAUCUUCAUUUCUGCAGUUGUAGUUCUAUGAAAAAUGUUGGCAGUUAAAAAAGUGCCUAUUUUAAUUAGUAUAAAUGUCAAUAACUUUUGUUUUAUUUAUUUCUGAAACAUGACAUUGAGAAUAUACAGUUGACAGUGAUUGGAUUUUUUCCUGGUCCAAUAUUCAAAAUAACAAAUAUAGUUAAUAAAACAAUAAAAAUACAGUAAAAAAUAUUAUUGUUAGCUUGAUACCUAGAUUUUACGCCACUCUGAUUUUUUUUCUAUAUUUUCCCCUCGUUUCACAUAUAUUCGUAUAUAUGAAACAUUUCUACCACUGUGACAGAGAAUGGUAAUGUUGCUGUUGUUGUGGACCUUUGGGCAGAUUUUUUGAAUGUCAAAUAAAAACCGCCACCUGUGUCAUGAUGAUUGUUGUGGCAGAGUUAUCACUGAAGUGUAAGUGUUUGGUUUAAUGUAAAGUUUACUUGAGGUUUACCUGGGGUUCAUAUGUUGUUUCUAUCCCUCUCUUUUUGUUUUGUUUUGUUGUGACAUUUUAAAAAUAAACAUUCUUAAGGUUUUGUGUUAAUUACACCAGA